AUGAAUUCUAAUAUAUCUCCACUUACAAACCCUGCUAGAGGUCUUCCAGCUCAUAUCAAUGCUAUCUGCGAACAUAUCUCCGCUACAGGGCUUAGCCCCAAAAAAUUCAUUCAUGGAUUUGUAACCAUUGAUGAUCCUGGUUUGAUCUAUCGUCGACGAUUGAUCAGAGCGGGUGUAGGAUGGGAACAGACGGUGGAUAUACUAAAAGGGUUCCGAACCCUGCUCAUGGGGAGUCCCGAGGGUGCAGCUGCUUGGCGAGGAUUCAUAUUAGAUGAGGCCUCCAAAAUUGUGAAUGGAGAAUCCAUUCCAACAGGAGCCUACCCUUUGGGCUCUUACGUGAGCUGCAAUUCCAUCACGGAGGAUUUUUUUAGCGAGCACGCUGAAGAAACCAGGCAGGCCCUAGUGAGGGACUCUAUGGGUUUCUUAUACAAGCUUCUGUCUCGAAAACUUCGCUUGUCAUUUGGGUUGGAGCGGGAUUUAGACGAGGCUACAAAUGACAUGUCUAGUGUUGAUAUGGAAGAUGAUACCACCGUGGAGUCUGAAAUGCUUUCACUAGACAACUUAGUCUAUGUUUCCAAGCGGGCUGCUGUACAAAAUCAUCGAUUGGAGACAGCAAGCCAGACUUUUCACGGAACCUGGGGUUUCAUCCAUGUGCCUCCGCCUGGCCUUUUGGAGGGAGUGCUGCCUGAGGAAGUCGAUUUGAAGGCUUUCGAGAAAGCCAUGUCGGAGGCGGAAGGGCGACCGGUAGAUGUUUCCAAUUUCAUCCCGACACCUCAACAAAUGUUGCAUUGGAAGAGUGUGAUCUUAGCACAACUCGCCACUACCUUACAAACCUAUGUUGAACACCUUCCUAGUAGUGAAACUUUCAAAUUACCCACAUUAAAUACUAAGCCUACACCUAUUGAUCCGAUCCCGAUGUACCAGCCUAAUAUCUUUUUCUUACGAUUGAUGGACGCACCUGAUUCUUCGGCUGAAGGUGUCGCCCGAGUAUUAGAGCAAGUCCUAACGCAGAUCGGUGUUGAUCCCGAUUCUUUUGCUGAAGGCCUAUUUGUUACUGAGGGAGACGUUGGGUCAAAUGAACUGGUAGAAAGCUUACGUCGAAAACGUUUUCCAUGUGGUAGUCGGCCUGAUUCUCUCCGGUGGCUCCUUACUGUGUUUGGUCCGGCGCAUGCCACAUGGAACAUGUGCAAGGCGUUGUGCUCACUGCACUGGGGCAAUUCCAAUCACGGUCAAGACAAUGGUGCUUGGAGAACGGCCGAGGCGCUCGGUGGAUCUUCGAAGCAUCCUUCUCAGCAGGAUUUCAAUACGCUGAUGAUGAUGACGAAGAAAAUGCAUGAUGCAAGUCUUGUUGUUGUAUUGACGUGA